GAGAGAGAGAGAGAGAGAGAGAAAAGAAAGAUGAAUUCACACUUCAUACAAGAAGCUUCAGAAGCUUGCUUCAAUGGCUGCUGUGCAUCACCAUUCUCAUCUCAUUCAGUAUCUGAGAAACCAGAAGAGCUAGAGUUCUCAGUUAUCACAACAGGAGCUUCGUUUCUAACUCGAGACAAGAAAUUCACGAGCCAAGAAUCUCUUCCUCGUCUCCGUGCAUCUUUCUACGAUCUCGUCACAGCUUUUCCAGAUUACUUGCAGACGAAUCAAGCAGAUCAUCUCCGAUCUACAGAUUACCAAAACCUCUCGUCCUCUCCUCACGUGUUUGGUCAACAACAACCUUUGUUCUCUUACUCCCAGUUUCGACAAAUCUCGGAAUUAGAAUCCAAUUUGAAUCCCCCUUUCCUUACCUUGUAUUGCAAGCAAGUGAGCUCCGGUAAAGAACUGAUAUCGUUCUCGAGCGAAGAAGAAACUCAGUUUCAGUCUAGGAUGAGGAGAAGAAUCACUGGUUUUAUGAAUCUUGACGAAUCCGAAUAUCACAUGAUUCUAACUCAAGACCGCUCCUCUGCUUUCAAGAUUGUAGCAGAACUCUACUCUUUCAAAACAAACCCGAAUCUUCUCACAGUAUACAACUACGAAGACGAAGCAGUUGAAGAAAUGAUAAGAAUCUCAGAGAAAAAGGGUGUCAAGCCUGAAUCGGCAGAGUUUUUGUGGCCUAGCACUGAGAUUCACUCGGAGAAACUGAAGAGGAGAAUCACGAGAAGUAAGAGAAGAGGGAAAAAAACAGGGCUGUUUGUGUUUCCACUUCAAUCUCUAGUCACAGGAGCUUCGUAUUCGUACUCAUGGUUGAGUUUAGCUCACGAAAACGAAUGGCAUGUGUUGCUAGACACCUCUGCUUUAAGUUCUAAAGACAUGGAGACUUUAGGGCUUUCUCUGUUCCAACCAGAUUUCCUCAUCUGUUCUUUUACAGAGGUUUUAGGUCAAGACAAUCCGUCUGGUUUCAGUUGCUUGUUCGUAAAGAAAUCUAGCUCUCCAGCUUUGUCGGAAGAACCGACGAACCCGGCGAAUGUCACGGCAGUAAAGGCAGAACCAGCCUGGAAAUGGAAAACAGAGUAUCCAGAAGAUAAUGACGAAAUCACCCCUGUGGACCACGAGGACCACAAGGCGGCUUCUACUUCUGGCUCUGCGAUAGUUGAAAUCGAAUCAUCAUCAGUUGAAAUAGAGGAGGAUAAAGCAAUGAUUGAGUUUCGUGGAUUAGAUGACGCAGAUUCUUUGGGACUGAUACUAAUCAGUAGAAGGUCAAAGUCGUUGACUUUAUGGCUUAUACGAGCCUUGAUGACACUGCAACAUCCAGGCACUCAUCAAAAAGAGAUGCCCUUGGUCAAAAUCUACGGACCAAAGACGAAACUGAGCCGAGGACCGUCCAUUUCGUUCAACAUUUUCGACUGGCAAGGCGAAAAGGUCGAUCCUUUGAUGGUGGAGAGGCUCGCUGAGAGGGAAAAGAUCGGUUUGCGAUGUGCGUAUUUGCACAAGAUUAGGAUUGGUAACAAGAGGAGAAGCGAAGAAGCAAUGAGUUUGAGAUUGUCGGUGGUGAGUGUUAGUUUAGGGUUUAUGACGAACUUUGAGGAUGUUUUUAAGGUUUGGGAGUUUGUGUCGAGGUUCCUAGAUGCUGAUUUUGUUGAGAAAGAGAAGUGGAGAAAGAAAGCUCUUGACAAACACAAAUGAUUUGCGUUAAUCUGGGGGCAUAAUCUUAAUCCGCAUGGUUCAAUUUUACAAUUAUGGUUGAACAUUCUCGGAUUUGGAUUCGGUUUAGUUUUACGUUGUGUGGUUCGAUUUUAGGCAGUAGCUAGAUUUUUUCUUUGGGUUGGUUUAGUUUGUUUCGUUUUGGUGGGUUAUUCAACUUGGUUUCGGUUUGGUUUAACAAAAACCAAAAUCAAACGCACAUAUACUGUAUAUUUUU